AUGUCCGAGAUGGAGCUCGGCAACGCGGCCGGUAGUGGUACUUGCAAGCCUGAAGGCAUCGUGAUGUAUAUGCUGCUCUACCUCGUUUUCCACUUCAUUAUGUUGACCUUUGUUGUUCACCCCAUCAUCUAUCGUCGCGAGCGCGCCAUUGAAGUUCGUCGCCGCGCCGAAUUGCGAGAGUUGAUCUUGGACUACAAGUUGAAGUAUGCGGACAAAAAUCCUGCCGCCAAUCCUGCCGCCGAGGGCCCAGUACGCAAUCCAAGACUCCCGUUCUAUUGUCGCAUGAUAAAGUUGCUAACAUUUGCCAAAGCUGCUGCCAAUUGCGGCCAAGCCGCUCGAGAAGUAGUCCCCAUGAGGGCUCCAAGAAAGAAGUAG